CAUCAUUUUGGUUGCAAUACCCUCUUGCCCCUUUUCAGUUCCUCAUUGAUCCUCUCCAAUGGCUGCAAUCAUGUUAAGGUCUAAUGAAGUAGUUCAUGUCUUAGGCUUGUUCUGUCUCUUGCUGUUGUUGCACGAAAGUGAUGCCUAUCAAUUCAUAGUUGGAGGACAAAAGGGUUGGAGUGUGCCAAGUGACCCCAAUUCCAACCCUUACAACCAGUGGGCAGAAAAGAGCCGAUUUCAAAUAGGAGACUCCCUAGUGUUCAAUUACCCUUCUGGCCAAGACUCAGUAAUUCAAGUAACUAGCCAGGACUAUGGCAGUUGCAACACCGAUGCAUAUUCUGAAAAAUUCUCUGAUGGCCACACUGUGAUCAAACUCAACCAGUCGGGGCCUCACUUCUUCAUAAGUGGAAACAAAAACAACUGUCUUAAAAAUGAGAAACUAGUAGUGAUUGUGCUUUCAGAUAGGAACAACAGAAACUCAAACACCAACCAAACAAACACUGCUUCUUCUCCUUCUCCUUCACCUUUACCUUCAUUCACAACUGAGUCAUUAGCUCCUCCACCAGCACCUACUCAACAACAGGUUCCAUCUCCAGUGGUGACUCCAGCACCUGCACAGCAAGAGGCUCCUUCUCCACCUUCAACUGAGAUGACAAACCCAACUCCACCUCCUGUUAGUCAACCUCCUCCUCCUCCUCCUAAUGCUGCUUCUUCAAUCUUGGUUUCCUUUGCUGGUUAUGUUGGAGCAUUCAUUGCUUCGGUUCUAGUUUUUCCUUUCUAA